UUUCAAAGAAGGUUAAUUAUUGACACCGUCAGUUAUUAUGUUAUAGUUUUUAGACUGAGACUCAAAUUCAACAAAAACAACAAAAACAAACUUAAAAUCUUUAAAUAAACUAAGAUGAUUAAAGAGAGAAAACGACAUUUUCCCACACAGAAGGAAACGUGAACACUGCUCUCUCUCGGCUCGGCUCUAUGAUUGUAGGUUAGUUGAUUAGCCGAGUGAUUCCGUAACUGGCCGAGAAUUGCCGAAUCAUCUGUCCUGCCCGGACUGCUGGAAGCGGCCGCAACGCCAUGUUGGCGAAGUCUCCCAUCUGUGUGAGGAAAAAAUGAUAGAAAACACACUUGUCGACGAGAAAAGGUAGAUCUUCGAGGGAGGUUGAAGAUCUUGGCGAUUAUUUAUUUUGAAAGAAACGAACCGAGCCGGAUCCGCGGAGGUUCCGGACGGGUGAGGGAGGCUAAACCUCCCACCGUCCUCAUGAACAGCACCGCUGAUCCGAACAGCGACUUUCCAUGAAAAAAACACACACAGACAGACGUUUGUGUUCGAGCUUCAGUUCGGUAAAGGGAUUCGGGGCCUUCAAGAAUCGGCUCGGCUGCUCCAUGUAUGAACGCUAGCCGCUCUUUCUCUCUGUAUUUAUAAAGAUCUUGUUUUUAUUUCUUCGUUUUUUUGCCAUGAGUUUACCACCGAAAGUGGUUUCCAAACCCACCGCCGCUGUCGCAGUUAGCGGACCUGGAAGUGGCCCCUCUCCGUCGAGCCAACUGCGGGCUAGCCUGACCUCCGUGUCUCUGCCGCCGGGAGCCCCAGCAGCUCCUCCUCAGCCCGGUUCGGUACCGCCGCCUCAGUAUCCUUUGACCCGGCUAACAUUCACAUGUUUGUGUUCUUGUGUGUUUGUGUACCGUGUCUGCUGACACUAACAAACGCUGUUGUUGUUGUUAAUUUGGGGAGAAUGUCGGUUUGGAUGCGGGGAUGAUGGUUUCGUUUGGAGGGGAGGGGACAAUUAGCUAGCUAACUAUGCUAACAUUAGCUUAUCAAGCCAGUGUUCUGACGAGUUCUGCAGCCUUGUUAAAAGCAUCCUACCGUAGCGCGAAUCGAUGGCAGAUGUUAUAAUCUCCCAUUCUGUAAUGAUCACAGGUAAACAGGUGAUCAAUAUUUUGAUGAUAUUUGGACCGAAUAUUUCAGGAGAGCGCACUUAAACAGACUCCCCAUCAGAUGAUUCAUGCAGUAGAGAAUUAUAGAUAUAACAUUCAUACUUAAAUCAAUAAUCUUUUCUAAAAUUGGAGGGCAUGUUUUACUACUGUAGUACACAGUUCUUAUUCGAGAUUGUAGUUAGUGUCUCGAUGGAAUCAUCCUCUGUCGAAAACUGCUCUCAUCGGUGUCAAGCCCUGGCUUGUGGCUAUACGCAGGCGCAGAGCUGUUUAGUCGCACAUUUCGAUGGGAAGCACCAUUUGCCGGAACACCGGUUGUCAAAGCUAACGGAAAUGUCAGUUGGGUGUUUGGGCGCUCUCGCUACAUUACUCGUUUCAAUCACAGUUCAGGUGAAAUAAAGGUGUCAUCUGAAUAUAUCCGAACAUAUUUGAAUCGUGUUCAAAGGGUCAAACUGGUGAUGCAGCGGUGUGUUCACCGGCGGGCCAUCGGGCUUCCUACACCGGUUACCGGCUUUGUUCAGUUACCGUUGUUAGCUAGCCAGGUGCAUUAGCCUGGUGUUAGCAUAAGAGGCUAACAAGUGAGGCAGUGAGGGAAUGCAGUAAAUCCAUGAGAUCCUGAGACUUUGACUCUCUGCAGAAAAUCUGUUUGAGGAAAAAUGAGAAUGUUUUCACAUUAAAGCUUUCUUUAUUAGACACUCAGUAACAUUGACAGAUUAUCAGAGGACACGACUGAUCAAUAUAAUGUCAUCUGUUUUGAGAUUAAAUCGAUUAAUGUUUAAAAAAAUUAACUUUUUGGCAUAUUAUUAGUAUGGUUUGUUUUUAACAUUCCCCUAAUAUGUAGAGAUAAACGACAGAACUUUUUCUCUGUUUUGUUUUGAGGAAGAAUAAGUCGAGGAAAGGAUUGAUCAGAUUUUCACAUAUUGAUUUCAUCGUUUUGGUGUCGACUUCUUAUUUCUAUGAUAUCUGAAUGGCAGCAGUGUCGCUGGAGUAUUUUGCUCUAAAUUUUGCAGUCUUAAUAAGGUAGGCAAUGUUGAAGAUUUAAUGAAAUUUGUAAUGAGAGAUAUUGUAGUACUUUUUUGAUUGGGGGAGUAACUUAAUACUAAAUACUAAAUUUCUGUUUUCUGUUAAUGCUGGUUUGGGUUAGAGCUCGAGCAGACAAAGCUGUUUGUAUUAAAAGUUCUGUAAGCAGAAUUUAGCUGAACAAACUUGGUUAAAAAGGAGUAUAAUAUUUGUUAUUAUGACUGAACUGUUGUUUUAUUUUUGCCUGAAUAUUAAAAUAGUUUAGUUUCUGUGUUUGAACAUGCCUUUUAUAUCGAACAGGAGGCCAGUAUUUUCUUCAACAUCUCUGAACAGACGGACUUUAUUUUCUGAGUGACCAUGCAAAAUCUACUGGUUUAGAAGUAGAGAAAAAGAGACUUGUGGCUGUGCACAAGACUUUGUAUUUAUUGGUGUUUUUGAUGGUAAAACUUGACAAAUAGAGGAACAUGUUAACAUGCAUCACAGGAGCUUUUUUGCCUUUUUGGGCCACUUUUGCAGGGGUGAACAAGGGGGCGUUUUAGUCUGCAAUCAGACAAAAUAUUCCUACUUCUAUAAUCUGUAGGGACUGGACAAUCUAUUUGGACAUGGCUUGAAAUUAGCAGAAGCAGCGCAGCAUUAUUAAAGUUAAUAAGUUUGAAUUAAAAUCAUCUCAAAUAUUUAUUUAAGGCCUCUUUAUAAACAAUACAAAGGGAAGCAGAUCUCAACACAAACAUUGUGAUAAAGUUUAAUGAAGUUGUAGCAGUCCACAUUAGGCUGCUCAGUUAAAUAUAGUGCAUCAUUUUUAUAUCUUGAGCACACACUGAAGUCAAAGAACAAGUCUGCAGCUUCGGGUCUCUGAUUUUUCUGGAGACACAUGAAUGCAGCAUUAAUUAGAGGGCUAAUGUUAGCCUGUUCAAGGUCUGGUUGGUGGGAAAGCACCUCCUGACCUACUUCCCAUGACAUAAGCUAGCUUUUGAGGGGUGUUACUGUAACUGUGCACCUUGACACGUCUGUCAAUACCUGGGUUGGUAAGCAGCCUGUAGACAUGAGUCGUAAGAAAGCAGAGAGUUUCCCAACACUGCUUUGUCAAUAAAUAACCAGCUCAUAAAAAUGUUCCUAUGACUUUUAUUUUCUCUUCACAUUGACAAACCUGCACCAUUGUGAUGUGUUUGCACCGUCACAGCCCCUGGAGACACAUUUAUGUUGGAGUUUGCACACAGCUAGACCUGCAUUCCUCUACCCUACUUUUCAUGGAGUGAAGUGGCAGCGGUUAUGUCACCUCCUGUUUUAUUUACAGCAUGGUGGCAGUAGUGUGUGAGAGGUGAUUAGUCUGACGUCUCCUGGUUGCUGCUGGCAGAGAGAGACGUGUGGUUUCUGAUCGACAGCUUCUCUCAUGGCUUAGCUUUAAGGUGUGAUGUCUCAACCUGAUUUCCUGCCGCCCACAGCCUCGGCCGCCCUGUGACUCUGACAUCUGUAAGGGGCAGUAACCAGCUCGGGACGGCAGCUAGCUGGCAGCAUGUGUUGUAAUGUUUUGAGUUGACUGUGAUAAGAUGAGUAAAGCGAAGGCAGCUCAGAUGAUAAUGGGCUCUUUAUCUGUUGUACCAUGUCCUCUGUUGACUCCCAAGGCUUUUGAAAUGAGUGGUGAAUUUGCUUAACCUACUUUCGGCUGUGAGAUCUAACUGAGAGCAGAACUGCACCCUUUCCUUUUUUGCAUAUGGGAUCUUCCAGUUAUAAUGAGUCUAGUGGUAAAUGAGGAGACGUAGCCGCUUUCUGCCAGGGUUGUUGUGUUUUGCUGUUUGUUUUUUAUUGUGUAGUUCAGCUUCAACGUUUCUGAGAGCUGUCUUUUUUUUCUUUUCCAUUAUUGUUGGAUUUCUUACCUUGGUGUUGGAGUAUCUUUAUCCCUUCUCGAACAAUUCACAUGAACCUCUCAGAGACAGGUACACAUCUGUGCAUCUGGUGCUCCAUAUGCCAGCAUUGUCUGUAUGCAUAUGGUGGUUUGUUUUGUACAAGUUUUACCCAAAAGAGAUCAGGGAAAGUCUUUACCUUGAUCGUUCGAAGUACCACACAGAUGAACUAUGAAGGUCUAAGUGUCCUUGUUAUGUCACUACAAUCUUUUAUACCCAUUUCACACCUGAACCAUCUGAAUUUAUCAGGUUAAUGCACUUGUCAGUCUAAUGCAACACCUUUUGGAUAUAUCCCCUUUAUGACUGAAUCAUAUUUACCCUAAUAUGAGAUUAGUUUUUCCUUAAAUUACAUCCAUGAAAGAAAGUGGGAUCAUCUCACAUUCUGGGUUUAGUAAUCCAGUGUCAAUAUUCUGUUGUGAGUGUCAUCGAUCUGCAAAGGGAGUUUACCUCUCAUGAUUAAAGUCAGCUGUCAGCGACAGGGCAGAGAGAAACGUAGAGAUCCAGGGAACAGAGUUAACCAGAAACUGAGAUGGUGUUGAGAUGGCUUUCUGAAGAUAACUGAUGCUGAGAGAUGAUGUUCCACAGAGUGAAACAUCUGAAGAUGGUAGGUUGCUUUAAAAUGCUGAAAAACAGAGCUGAGCAUUUCCCCUCGGAUAGAUUUCAGGUUAUUCUUCUAUUUAUGGGAUUAAAAUGUCAUUUCAGCAGAUUCCUCAGAUCUGACAGUUUGAUUUUAGUAGAAUUUUAGUGUUUGCUUCAUCAUUACUCUGCGUUCAUCUUCGGGUCCUCCAGAGUCCAGGUUUUUCUCAGUCCCUUCCGUCUCUAAGACCCUCACAAACAGUCAAGUCCCCCCUUGGCCCUCCUGUCACUCACAUUUCUGCAGCCUGUUACCUGAUCAACUUUUGGGAGACCGUGACGUUUGCUGAUCACUAACCCUUUUGGUUUUUCUCCCCUCUUUUUUUGGACGGGUUGAAUUUCAGCUUCACUGCUGGAGUGUUUUCCUGUUGCUCUUGUUGCCUAAACCUGACAGCCUGACGGAUCCAGAUUCCUCUGGUCUCCUCUGGUCUCCAUACCAACAUGGGGAGUAAAUGUGAUGUCAGGUCCUUGUAAAAGUAAAUCCUGACCCUACCUGUAACUCUGUCAGACUUCUAUUAGAAGUUUUACGGUUUAUUGGUGGUAGUUUUUUCGCUGACUCUGUUGCAGGAGUGAUUCUGUUGAACAUUGAAGUGUUGGAUUUCUUUUGCUAAAAUAAGAAGUAUGAUGUGUUUUUGUUCCUGCAUUGCAUAACCAUCUGUGCAGUAGGUGGGAGUGAACAGAGAAGAUCAAUUCUUCUGACAAAGAGCGAGUGAAUGUGCAGAGAAACGAGUGACACGAGUCUGAUUUGUCCUGGGACCCCCAAGUCCAAAUCUAGUGGACUGGACUGUGUUUCAGACAUGGAUCUCUGCAUCUCUAUGAAAGUGUCACCUCCGGUCUGACCUCUCACUCUCUGUGGACCUCGGAGGUCAGGAGUGUGGGAGCAAGUUACGCUCCGUCUGCCCGGCGCUCCGUCUGCAUGGGAAUUCCCACUUGGAGGAUGUUGGUGUGUGUUUUGUGCGGUCCUUAGCUGUACAGGCGUUCAUAGAAGCUGUGUGUGUGUGUGUGUGUGUGUGUGUGUGUGUGUGUGUGUGUGUGUGUGUGUGUGUGUGUGUGUGUGUGUGUGUGUGUGUGUGUGUGUGUGUGUGCACACACAGAGCUGGGAGGAAGAUGAGGAAAGGAGGGGGGAGUUUGUUUCUGUUCCUGGUUGCUAUAGAAACGGCUGGCGCAUGCGUCUGCCGCUGCUGCACUUGCCAGACAAUGGCGGCGCUGCUUAGCAUUCAGAGCGAGAGGCCAAGGUGGCGCUUCCCACCAUCUGCCAACAAAGACCCAGGUCACCCUGCCCGCCUCAGCCCUCCCCCCUUUACUUCCAUCCCCCAACAGCCUCACCUCACCCCUCUGCAGCCGGGACAGCUGAGAAAACUCAGCCCCCCCCCCCCUCAUGCUACAGUACUUUAUAUCUGAAGACCCCCCCCCACACACACACACACACACCCCCACACACAGAAACUUCCCAAACUCCGUUUUUUUCUGUUCGGACUAAAACAUGAACGACUUUUCAGAGAGUUUCACCUGAAGGAAGCAAACGAGGAGACACGUCCGAUUAGGGAACACAGGGAGGUGUCCAGCUGGGGGGGUCUCUGUCCUCGCUCUCUGUCUCUGUCUCUGCGCUCCGUCUCUCGGUCCUUUGUCUUUGUCUCUGUCCUCUGUCCUCUGUCUCUCUGUCCUCGGUCCUCUGUCUCUGUCUUAAGUGUCUGUCAGUCUCCCUGAUUCCGUUUCUCUCUGUUGAAUCCAGAUUUUGAUCCAGAAACAGUUCCUGAUUUGGACUUCCUCUCUCAGCUGUCCCUUCUCUUUGAACAUGUAACACGCGCACGCACGCACGCACGCACGCACGCACGUACGUACGUACGUUUGUAUGCAGAGCUGUAACUUUGGCUGUUUGAGUAUAAAUGUCAAAAAACAUGAUGACAUCUACUAUUCACAGCUCUAGUCAAACUGAGGAAACCAAUCAACCAAUCAGCUUUCUCUGUUUUCUGGUUCCUCCUGCUGGUUGGUUCACUUAGUCCUGACUUUAGACGGGUCUCUCAGUCCUGAGUUCAGACGGGUCUCUCAGUCCUGAGUUCAGACGGGUCUCUCAGUCCUGAGUUUAGACGGGUCUCUCAGUCCUGAGUUCAGACGGGUCUCUCAGUCCUGAGUUUAGACGGGUCUCUCAGUCCUGAGUUUAGAUGGGUCUAUCAGUCCUGAGUUCAGACGGGUCCGUUUUAGUUCAGACCAGAGCGGGACAGCUGCUGCCUGAGGUCAGCACAAACCAGGAACCUGGUCCCGGUCCUGGUCUCGGUCCUGGUCCUGUUGUGUUCAGCUGGUUCUGACCCGCUGGUCCUGGUCCUCCUCCCUCUCUAAGGUCCCUCGGGUAAAUUCUUCAUGUCUUGGUGGUUGUAGUUCGUCUGACUCACACAGUUCAACAGUCGUCAUGCGUUUCCGUCAAACUAAUGAAUAUUUGCUCCAGUAGGUGUUUGAGAGAAAGAAGAAAUCUGCCAGAGUCAGAAAAGGAGGCGAGGAGCUGCUGCUUCCACUGCGGUCUCUGACUAAAUAACAGGAAGUGCUUUCUCAUAAUUUAAAACAGCUUGGAAGUUUUUUAGAGACGCACAACAGAACAGACAGAACAGCAGCGCUGCAGCGCUCCGGACGGGUUUGUCUGUGUGUGUGUGUGUGUGUGUGUGUGUGUGUGUGUGUGUGUGUGUGUGUGUAUUUGUGUGUGUGUGUGUGUGUGUGUGUGUGUGUGUGUGUGUGUGUGUGUGUGUGUGUGUGUGUGUGUGUGUGUGUGUGUGUGUGUAUUUUUGUGUGUGUGUAUUUUUGUGUGUGUGUGCGUGCGUGUGCGUGUGUGUGUGCCGUACAGUCUUUAAAGGAGUCUGCUGUCCGUCCUGUAAGCGUCCUCAGUAUGUUGACACCCGUUCUCUGACUGUAGUUCAGGCCUCCUUCAUGUUCGUCUGUUUUUAAAACCAGGUCACUUCUGUGUUUGACAUCUUUGUUGGCAUAAUUCAGGCGCAGAGCAAACAGGUUACACAACCAUUGCAUAAACCUGCUGACAAUAAGAGACAAGUUCUCAAGAACUCCUGCCUCACAAACUCUUAUCACACUUUUACCUUCAUAUUCUUCGUCCCACAUUUAGACAACUUUAUUUCCUGCUUUUGUUCUGAAGUCGAGGACUUCUGCUGUAAGUUUCAGACCUGAAAGUUAAAAGAAUAGUUAGAAAAUACAGAUUUUCAGUAACUCAAACAGGAACCAGCUUUAAAGUUGUUUUUGGAUUCAAAAUAAAUCUUUAACUCCUGUUCCUGUUACUCUGUCUUCUCUGUCAUAAAAUAAGAUUUUUUAAACAUUUUUUUUGACUCCCAACUCUUAAACAACUUCAGCCCUAAGCAUUAAAAAAAUAAUGAAUAAAAAAUCUGAUGGUACACGUUUUUUCUGACAGUUAUUGUGCGUCUCUUCAUAAGACUUGGAGUUAUUGUAAAAAUCUGUAUUUUGAACAGGAGCGGAAAAACUCGCCAUUUUCACCGCCUUGAUCCAGCCGCCGAUCGCUCAGCCGCCGAUCGCUCAGCCGCCUCAGCAGCAGCAGGCGGCAGUGAGAGCUCUGUGCUCUGCUCUCAUCCAACUGUGUUUGUGUGUUUGUUUGUGUGUGUGUGUGUGUGUGUGUGUGUGAGAGUGGCCAGUGGGCCAGCAGGAGAAGGAGGGUUUGUGUCUGCACCAUCUGGGCCGUGUCUCCACUCACUUCCUGCGCUCUGAACACGCUGACUGAGAUCUGCAGGUAUCCUGUGGCGUCAUUCAAGGAGACGUUUGUGUGUGUGUGUGUGUGUGUGUGUGUGUGUGUGUGUGUGUGUGUGUGUCUCUGAGACACAGUUAUGUGUGUGUGUGUGUCUCUGAGACACAGUUGUGUGUGUGUGUGUGUGUGUGUGUGUGUGUGUCUCUGAGACAGUUGUGUGUGUGUGUGUGUGUGUGUGUGUGUGUGUCUCUGAGACAGUUGUGUGUGUUUGUGUGUGUCUGUUUGUGUGUGUGUGUGUGUGUGUGUGUGUGUGUGUGUGUGUUUGUGUGUGUGUGUGUGUGUGUGUGUGUGGUUAUUAUUAGUUCGUUGAGGCUUUUCUUCGGCGUCUGCAGAGAAGCACAGUCAGCUCAAACCUCCUCCUUCCUCCGUCAUCUCCAUCCUUUAUUUCUCGGGUCGUUCUUGUGAUCCAUUCAGCGGCGAGGUGGUUAAGUCUGCCGCCAUGAUUGAUUGAUUUCAUGGUUGAUAUCGGUUAAUUGAGUUGUUUUGUCCCCGUUAAAGCGGCGUUUCCUCGUUCAGCACAUUAGUGGCUUUACUGUAAGCUAAUGAUGAAGCAGGAGCCGCAGCAGCUUUUCCCUUCUAAUGAAGGCUUACAGGCCACCGCAGGGUCAUGGGUCAAAGGUCAAGGAGGACUGUCCGAAGCUACUUUAUGAUCUCCUCAGGGUUAACAGUUGAACACAGAGUUGUUUCGGACGGUGGUGUGGAAACUCUGGAUUUAGGAUCUGAUUGAUAAAGUCAUCUGCAGCUCCGCCCAGUUUCAGGAAAAUCACCCCUGUGUGAAAAGUGGGCGGGGUUUUUAUGGUCUCCGAGGGUCAUCAGAGACCUGCUGUGAUCAAAGUUCAGUCUGUUUGGUUUCAGUCUAAACCCAGAGGUUUACAGUCAGAGUCUCUCGGUCUGAAGACUCCACAGAAGUCUGUGAGGUCGACGGUCAGCUCAGUCAUUAAUUUUGGCGUCACACAGUCGUUAGGAUGAUGUAUAACGAGCUGGUGGUCCUGACAGGGGAGUGAAGACCCCUCUGCUCUGUGUCGGUUUUACUUUCUAAACAUUAUCCUGCUGAUGACAAAUAGACUGAAAAUAUUGAUUAUGAGACAUUCUUAUUGAUUUAGGAGUGUUGAUUAAAAAAAGGACCUGUGAUUGAAGCGAAGGAAACGUUCUCAGUUUCAUGUUUUCAUUGGUUCAGGUGAGCGGGACAGGUAAAGGUGUUCUUACGUACGUUGACUUUUCCGAUCUCUGAAGCCGACGUACAUCAGCGAGUCUGAAGGGUUGUUCGUCUUCUCACUGCAGCUCAUGUUUCCAGUUUCUUCGUCAGUCUUUGUCGCUGUUUUCGGGUUUCUCGGAUGGGUUCAGAUAUUGACAGACUAUUAUUGAUGAUUCACUCACAUUGAUUUGAGAUGAUGUGUGUGAUCUGGUUGUUUCUGGUGUUGCUCUUGCUCGUUGAUAAUAGUUGUUAACGGGUUUUGACCGAUUAGAAUAAGUUAUUGAACUCAGGGAAUGGUCAGACAGAAAAGUGUGUAAUCCAAACUAAAACCUGUGGGAUUAAAGGGUCAUAAACUCAGUCUGAUGAGGUGAACGGAGCUUCAAACAGAAAAGAGGGAGAGAGACAGUUCGACUGACCAUGACACACCUACACAGGCUUUAAUACACAGAUACUAUCAGUCCAUGGAGUCGAGUCAGAGGCUCAUCAUCAGCCCAAAGUUAAAGUAGUUUUCAGCUCUUUUUUAUUGUCCUCCCAGUGAAACUGGACUCACUCUUCUUGGUUGUUACUUUGAGUUUUUUUGGUUUUUAAAGUUUAAAUUGAUUUCAGAGAUAAGUCUGUCUCCAAAUCCUCACAGUUUAGUAAAUAACCAGAAUAUAAUGUUGUUUAUAUUGUGUAGAUUUUGACUCUCAUCCUGGUUUAUUGUAUCUUCACUACUUUUGUGGUCAGAUUAAUCUGGACUCUGCGUUUCUCCGUCCUCUUGAAGGUCAGAACCUCUUUGUUGGUGUGAUUCGGUCAGGAGGGGAUUUUUCAUCCACACUCACUGACGGCGUUCUUCCCCGGGGUCGUAUCGCUGCUCUAAGUCUUCAGGUUGACAUUGUUCUCGUUCUCUCUCUGCUCGAGCAGAAAAUGAAUAAAGUCUAAUUAGUGCAGCCAGACACUUUGAUAUUGACUGAGAGGUGACUGCUGCCAUCUGCUCCACCUCAUGAAGAGGUGUGUUGUUAUUGUUGGCCUGUAUUAUGGUCUGGAUCCACUCUCAGAUCUGGUUUCCCACUAAAGCAGAAGAAGACGGAGCGGCAGACAGAGUAACAGUCGAUGUGGUCGCCCUUCAGGAGAACUGUGGACGGAUGUUGAAAUCUCAGACUCUCUCUGCUGUUAGUUGGAGCUCCACAUCUGUCUCUGUUGUGUUUACGUCACUAAAGGUCAUUAAAGGUCACGCUGCUCCUUUUUGGCGUCACUAAAAAAUGGUUUUAUCCUUCAGAGCGUGUGUUUGGAUUCUUCUCUGACGGAGUUAACUCGGCUCUGGUGUGGAGCCCUUUUCUACACGUGAUCUUCCAACAUAUUCAGGAUAUUUUUGAAACAUUCGGGUCCUGAUAGUUCCAGGAAUUUAACGCUCACACACACACACACACACACCUCACAGCGGGAGGUCUUCUCCAUCAGAUGUGCGGCUGUGAAGUUCAUGAUGAGCUCCAUCAUGGUGACUGUUUCUGUGAUUCGAUAACUGCAGCGAUCUAAACGUAAGAAAACUGAGGAGAGAAGAGUUGAACUCUGUCCUUUAGGUUCUGAUGAUUUCAGGCAAACUGAACGUUUUUUCAAAGUCACAGAGGAAGAAGAAUCCCGCUGUUACACAGACUGGAGCUUCACAUGUCUGUUUUUACUCCGUCUGUGUGUCACUGGGACAAACUGACCGAGCUGCUCCUGCAGGUUCAACAAUGUCUGCUCAGGUUGAAGAAAUUCAUGCAGCGUGUUCGGCCAAGUGUAGGUAAAGUCCGGGUGAAAAACUCGACCCCUCAGACCAACCUGGACUCACUCAGGAGGAGUUUAGUACGUCUGUGAAAGGAGCUUUUGUUGGUGUGUUUUCUAUACGCCUGUCUGAGGUCAUAUAAAUAUCUUUCAGCUGUGAAACGAUCCGAUCUAUGAGAGGGUGAUGCAAUCGUGUGCAGAGUUGCCUCAUGUCAGGACAGUUUCCCAUUUGAACUCCGAGCCGAGGACAACGUCGAGUCUGUGUGAUCUCCAACAUCAUUCCUCGAUUCCUUCUUGGCACAAGAAGAAAAUGUAUUUGACUGUAGUGUAUGUACAGUUACUGCAGAGACGUUUUACUGUAGUAGAAGUAAAAGUACGAGUCUGUGGAUCUGCGUGAGUCAAAGUUAAAGGUGCUUCAUCUUCCAUCUGAGCGUUACGUUCUUCCUCUUAGUUUUGGGUUAAAAAAGUGAGAUUUGAUAUUAGAAAAGGAAAUUUUCCAAAUCAAUGACUUCACUAAAACCAAAGUGAACAACAUGUGACGUUUUUAUUCACACUGUCUCCGUCUUGGUUACGUGAACUAACGUUUGUCGGGGUUGAACUGGUGACCCUAAAGAGUCUCCUGUAAUUGACCAGUAACCCUCCCAGUUUGUUCCCCACCUCUCGCCCAGUUACAGCGGGAACAUUGACCUGAAUUUUCACCUGCUGCUCGUUUCACCUGAGUACGUAUCGCAGCCUCGCCGUAUGUCAGUCAGCAGUGAUCCAGAGCCGACCAAUCACAGCUGUUGGCUCCUCCUCCUCACCUAAACUGGGUCAAGAAAUAUUUGCAGCUGAUUAUACCAAUAAUUCUCUCACCAGUGUGUGGAGUUAGAAACUGUCCUUUAGACUCUGAGUUAUAUAAAUAUAAACACACGUCCUGAACCCUCUUCUUCUUUUCUUCCAUCAGAACAGAGUCUAGAACUGUUAAUACUGACACUCAGACUCCAACUACUCCUAAUUUUAGUGUGUGUGUGUGUGUGUGUGUGUGUGUGUGUGUGUGUGUGUGUGUGUGGGCGUGUUGUUUUUCCAAAUUCCCGACAAUAGAACAGAUAAUACUUCCUGCUGUGUUUCUCCCU